UUACUUCAAUAGGGGAAAUAUGGUCCAACUCUCACCACUCGGAUGAGUUAAAAGACGUGGAAUUACUGAGAUGUCCGCUCUGCGGCGUGCAGUUGGACUGUAUGCGGCCCCACUCAGCAACUCUGGUGGAUGUGCUCUUGGCCGUCUGCGCAGAGUAUAUGCCGCAGAUAACUGUAAUAGACGUGUGAUUCACAGAAACUCCGUGAGCUUUACCGUGCGCCAGCGAGGAAAGAAGUAUAGAAGUAGAAAAGAAUGAAGGGGAGACCCGCGAUACGCGCGAGUACACGCAAUUCGCACGAACGACAAAGCUUCCGUGCCGUUGACCAGCGAGAAUUGAACGCAUGCAAGAUACGGACGCGCACCGGAGGCGUUAAUGAAGGCGUUACUGUGUUGGGAGAGGGAAGAUAUGCGGCGAAGGACGAGAGACACAGGGGAGAGGAAAAGUGCCUGACGCGAUAGCAGCCGCUGGAGAGGGAGAGGUUCUCGGUACCUCCUCCAAGGCGGCGAUCGCGCCUAGCGGUACUUGUUCCCACGGCUGGUGUCCGAAGAGCACAACACCGCAAGCUUCGUGAUCGAAAGAAAAGAAAAAAGAACAGCCAAAUAAAGAAAAGGAGAAGGAAAGGGAGAAAAUGAGAAAUCUGUGGGCGCCGCAACGCGCAGAUUCGGUGUCAUACGCGCGCGCCUGCGCGAGCGCAUCUCGUUUCCUCUUAAAAAUCGUAUAUAUUUAAACAGCCGCCCAUCUCCAGUCACCGCCAGAACGAGAAAUUUCGCCGCCCACAGCAUAUCGGUCCCACUCGAGCGCACGCGCACGCAUCAACCAGGGAGGAGAGACAGAGCCGAGUUUAUAACAUCAUUGUGCGCGCAGUCCAUUCACCGAAGGCUUUAGAGGAAAAAAGCCAGAGGAAUCGUCUGAUUUUGGAAUAACGUAACUACAGGCAUCGUCGCUCUCACGUAAUCCAUCCGCUUCUUCCAGAAAAUCGGAUACCAAAACAGAGGUUCACCAUGAGCACCGACAUGAAGAUGGAGAAGACAGCCGCUACCACACCGGCCGACAUGCUGCCGCUCAAUGGCAAGACGGGUCUGCGCAAGCGCGACCUGGAUCUCAUCGACGCCAUGGACCUCAUCAAGCAGACCGAGUACGUGUCGCUCAGCAAGACGGACCUGCUGGACCACGAAAUCAUCACCUCCCACAGCACAACGGUCCAGCAGCAGCAGGCGGUGCAAAAAGAGUCUGAACAAGCCGCAAAGCCAGCCUUCAAGACUGAGGUGGUCUGGCGGAAUGUGGCCGUGUUCGCCCUGCUGCACUCUAUGGCCCUCUACGGGCUUUAUCUGGCCGUCACGCGCAAGGUCAUGUGGCAGACGGCGAUCUUCUCCUUCGUGUGGGGAAUCUGCGCGGGCCUCGGUGUCACAGCCGGAGCACACAGACUCUGGUCGCACCGCGCUUACAAGGCACGUUUCCCGCUCCGGGUGGUGCUUAUGAUCUUCAACUGCAUGGCUUGCCAGAACGACCUGUACGAGUGGACGCGUGACCACCGGGUGCACCACAAGUUCUCGGAGAGCGACGCCGACCCGCACAACGUGAACCGGGGCUUCUUUUUCGCGCACGUCGGCUGGCUCAUGUGCAAGAAGCAUCCGGACGUGAUGCGCAAGGGCAAGGCCGUGGACUGCUCGGACCUGCUCAAGGACCCCGUCAUUAGGUUCCAAAAGGCCUACUACGUGCCGCUGACUACCUUCUUCUGCUUCUACCUGUCGAGCGUGCUGCCGCACCACCUGUUCGGCGAGUCUUACUUGGUGGGCUUCUUCGUCGCCACCAUGCUGCGCUACGUGAUAUCGCUAAACUUCACCUGGCUGGUGAACAGCGCGGCCCACCUCUGGGGCAACCGACCCUACGACAAGAACAUCUCGCCGGCCGAGAACCGCUUCGUCUCGUGGGCCGCCAUCGGCGAAGGGUUCCACAAUUAUCACCACACGUUCCCCUGGGACUACUCGACCAGCGAGCUGGGAUGGAAGCUCAACUUCACCACGUUCUUCAUCGACACGAUGGCCAAGCUGGGGCUCGCCUACGACCUCAAGACGGUGCCCAAGGACGUGGUCGAGAAGCGGAAAGCCCGGACGGGUGAUCACAGCUACGACCACAUGAACGGCCACAACCACCACCACUGACGACGAACCGACGAGUGCCAGGGCAGCCGGCUGAGCCCGCGUGAAAACGUUUUCGCGUCUGCCGCGUUGAUACGUGGGUUGCCAUGAUAUACUCUUCUCGCAUCGCGGUUGCUCCUUUUUAUUUUUAUUUUGUCCCGCUGGCACUGCAACCCUGUUCAUCGACACACAGCAUCGGUAGCGACAAGACCUAAGUCUACUGGAGUGCCUAUCCAUACUCGUGAAGAGGAAAGUGCUGUACUGUUUCUGAUAAUAUUUUCGCAUUAAUUUCCGUUGGUUUUGUCCCACAGAUUAUAGCAAUGAACGGUGAUGCCUUAGCCGCAUGCUGUCUUCUAUGCACGAUUUAGAUGCGCUGUGAUGAUGCGGUCGGUAUUUAAAUGGCAUGAGCUUGAUUAGAAGUUUCUGAUAUACUUGGGUCAGAGUUGCACGUCUUGUACCACGUCCACAAGACGGUAGCAUUCAAAGGUUUCUGGGAGGAGCGAGUUAUUUAUACACAAGAAAGGAUAUGGCCGGACGUAAAUUCUCAAAGUCAAGGAGGAAAACAAGGUUGAAACCAGUGACGCUUCUGCCUUCUGAACUGAUACAAGUGAGAACAGCAAUGUGCGAAAUGGUUGCUCAAGUAUUCCUUCUUUAAUAUAAUUACUAUCUUGCAGGUUCAAAACUAUGUGACAUUAGUUCUACCUGAGUGCUGCGAGCCCUGUGCAAUGCAUUUGAGAAGCACUGCACCAUGAUAUCUCAGCAUAGACGACAACGUGCUCAGUCAAAUUACUUUUUUAACUGGUCUUUGCAUUUGUGUGCGUGCUUUUGACGUCGACUUGUGCCUGUGCCGAUCGUGAAGGGUGGCCAAUUGUUCACUCUUGCUCAAAACUUCACCGACGAGUGACGGGGUGUAAUCAGUGGCCUCAGCUCUCCCUUGUUAAGGAAAACACAAACACACACCUGCCCCCCCCCCCCCCCCCCCCGACACGCACACAAAUAUAUCUGAACGCCACGUAUCACGUGCCUUAUUACGUCUUUGUUUACGAAUUCUGGACGCAUCUGCGAUGCAUCGAUUCCAAACAUCGAGGUACAUGUUUGUUUAGCUCCCAACUACACGCGCUACGCUUUUUCGCUUUGUCUUUGGGCGCAUUACUUCACUCAUUCCUAUCGUUGAGCUGACCACAUAGUGUGUAGCAUGACGUAUGUCUGGCUUUCCUCAAGCUGUGGAGAAAUCCAAACCAGGAAAACUAGCGAGUAAUAAUGCGUCCUCGAGAAAUCACCUCUCCCCAUCCUACCCUCCUCCCGAUUGCAGGCAAGUGUCCUUUCCUUCUCGUUGCGGAAUUAGAACCAUGUCGCUUAGGCUAGCGUACCAAACAUGCGCAUCGCUGUCCUAUAUUACUUUCCCUGUUGUUGCUUGCGCUUUAUCAUUUGCCAUGUUAGCGCCUUCUUCCUGCAGCGUGCGUUAUGUCCUCCUUUCCUUUAUGCUUCUGUUGCCCAGCCUGCCGUUAUAUUCAGCAUUUUUCUCUUACGUAGGUGUCUGGCAAUGUUCUCUGGAGACAUGCGAAGCACUAUCGCGCGUUGUAAAUACAGCUGAUAUGUGAUUUAGUGAACAAAAUCAUAUUAUAUGUUUGUACAUACAGGAAGUGCAUAAGACCGAGGAAAAUAGUUUGAUGUUUGACUAGCUAGAAUGUGUCAAGCGAGAUUGUUGCUGUGCUGCUCACGUAAAGUCGAAGUCUGAAUAAAAAGAUAACAUUUA